AUGAAGAAACCGAUGUUAUUUACAAUGUUUAACGUUUAUAUUUCUAAUCCAUAUUACCCUGUUACAAGGAUAGUUCAACCAAAGAUGCCAUUUAAAUUCAAAAAGAAAUGUCUGCGACGGCAAAUUCCUAAAGAUGUGAUAUUACGAGCCAUAGAAGAGAUUUCAAAAGGAUCAAAAAUAAAAACAACGGCUGAUAAAUAUAAAAUUCCUAGAUCAAGUAUGCAACGUUACCAUAAACAAGAUUCUAUAAAGGAUUCUUCGCAUAGAUUUAUAACCUCACAAAUUUUCACCGACGAAGAAGAACAAAAAUUAUCAAAUUGCAUAAUAGUUUGUUCUAAACAUCAUUAUGGAUUUACAAAGAUACAAGCACGAUUUGAAAAACCUGGGAUAUGGCCUUUCAAUUCAAAUAUAUUCUCGAAUGAAGAUUUUCUUUGCUUUUCUGUCACGGAUCGCGAUGCACCCGUAACUGAUGAAACGUUAUCAUCCAGAUAUGACCCUAUAAUCCAGCCAACUUCAACUCAAGUCAUUCCAGAACAGCCUGAAAGAGAAAAUCAAAAUGAAGCAGAUCCUGUUAAUUUGAACAACAUUGCUGUCGCUAAUUCUUCCUCAUCAUUUGCUACAGAUCAAAUAACAAUUGAAGUCGCUGAAGUUGUAACCCCUGAAAUAAUAAGACCAUACCCAAAGGCUUGCCCAAGAAAAUUGAUUAAAGAUGCAAGGAAGAAAGCAAAAACAAGAAUAUUGACAGACACACCUGAAAAAAGACUAAUAGAAUUAACAGAACAAGAAAAACAAAGCAAGAACAAGGCUAAGAAAUAA